AUGCGAGAGGAGUCUCUGGAACGAGGAAUUAGGAAACUCAAAGAUUUCAGGAAUAAUCUUGUUCCUGCUGGAAAGAUCCAACGACUGAAAAUGCCUGUGUCAGUCAAGGACACGGAAGCAGCAGUAACUUACUGGAGGCAGGUCUACCUGAGGCGCUUUGUACAUUGCAAGCUCUUCGGGCCAUUCGUUGAAAAGUGA